AUGGCCCCCUUCAACAUAAGAUCUCCAGGCCUCUCCAAACAACCCUGGAUUUUCAUCAUUAUCUUUGCAUCUGCAAUUUUGGGCAGGCCUCACGAUCAUCCGCAGCCCCCAGCCCCAGGGAAUACUUCCCACCUUGAAAAUCCAAAACUUCCUGUAUACAACACCACUAUAAUUCCUCCCAUUUGUCCUUCCGGGGGCAUUGAAGUAUGCAGUGACGUUGGCAUUGCAAACAAAAAUCGUCUCGGCCUGCCAACAGUUUCCGCCAAUCUUACAAUCGAUGCGGCCCAAACUACGACAAGCGCUAGUCACGAAGCUACGAAAACUCCCAUAGAUUUAUUAGAAACACCUAUAAAUAUUGAGGAUAUCGAUCUAAAAAAAGACACCAGCACCACCACCACGGUCGAUAAAAACAACCCCAAAAAGCUAGAACCAACGUCUCAAAAGCGGCUUGAAGUCCCUGCUGAAUUUUUCUAUAAAGCCGGAACAAUGGAGAUUUAUUGCCCUAGGGGCCUUGAAAGCCUCAAGCAUGCCAGACAAUUUACUACCGAACCACGUAUGGUAGACCUUGAAAUAUGGCGGAUAUUCGACAAACCUCGCUGGGACAGAAUAGUAGACCUUCUAAGAAGGGCUACGCGCGCUGACGAACUAUUAACACCAAAAAUUCACAAAGAAGUGAUGCCAUCCAUCCUAAUGGGUACAGAGAAGUGCAAGAGGGCCUGUUGCGCUUGUUCAGUAGAACUGGACAGCCACAAAGUUCCAGGCUCCGAAUAUGCCCACCAGGAUAUAUAUGCGUUCGCACGGGCUAUCGAACGUAUACCCCCACAAUUUCGGUUUCGACCGGUGGACGAUGGAUAUGAGGUUUGGGACGGGUGGACAGUAGAUGAAUCUCGUAGACAAGUGCCCGGGCAAAGAAUCAGACCUAGUUGGAACCACAUGCCCCUACGAUCCGGUCUACCGCCCCGAUACCAGAACUCCGGGGUUCUGACACCCCGCCAAGUCGCUCAAUUGAAUCAAGAGCUAGUACCUCCUAUGUACGGGUCGGAUGGAGAAGAGUUAUAUACCCCAGAGAUCACACCUGACCCAUGGGCGACUGAUUACCGACGAAAUGUACUCUUGACUCUAGCAGCCGUGCCAGAGUACCCUCGACCGCCGCCAUACCGCGGUUGGUUCCACGAUAUGAGUCCUCCUUACAGCCUGGAUCCUCCUCCCGGACAUCAGAAGUAA